CGGCGUGCUCUGGGCUUGUCUUGGAGAACUGGCGGCGCGGUUGUGUCUGUUCUUCGGGAUUCCUAAAGGCUGAUGGAAGGUACGAAAGGAGAGGGGCAGACUGGAGGAGGCACCAUGGAAAACAACGCGGAGCAACCUCGCCAACAGGACCACCUUAUUAGGGAUGGGGAUUUUGUAGUAUUGAAGAGAGAGGACGUGUUCAAAGCCGUGCAGGUGCAGCGAAGAAAAAAAGUCACUUUUGAGAAACAGUGGUUUUUUUUGGAUAAUGUCAUUGGACAUAGUUAUGGAACUACAUUUGAAGUAUCUAGUGGAGGGAACCUUCAACCCAAGAAAAUGAUGGAAGAGAUCACUUCAGAAACUAAAGAAGCUGGUAUUGAUAAUCGAAAUAUAGUUGAUGAUGGAAAGUCUCAGAAACUUACUCAAGAUGACAUAAAAGCUUUGAAGGACAAGGGCAUUAAAGGAGAGGAAAUUGUUCAGCAGUUAAUUGAAAAUAGUACAACAUUCCGAGAUAAGACUGAAUUCGCCCAAGAUAAAUAUAUAAAGAAGAAGAAGAAAAAAUAUGAAGCAGUCAUUACUGUUGUGAAGCCAUCAACCCGUAUUCUUUCAAUUAUGUAUUAUGCAAGAGAACCAGGAAAAAUUAACUACAUGCGAUAUGAUACACUGGCCCAGAUGUUGACUUUGGGAAAUAUCCAUGCUGGCAACAAAAUGAUUGUCAUGGAAACUUGUGCAGGCUUGGUGCUGGGUGCUGUAAUGGAGCGGAUGGGGGGUUUUGGAUCAAUCAUCCAGAUGUAUCCUGGAGGUGGUCCUGUUCGAGCAGCAACAACUUGUUUUGGAUUUCCAAAAUCUUUCUUUAAUAGUCUUUAUGAAUUUCCCCUUGGCAAAGUGAAUAGUCUGCUAAAUGGAACAUUUUCUUCAAAAGCUUUGCCUUCAGAAUCCAAAGACAGUAUUUCAGUAGAAGAAAACAAUGGUGUUCUUCUUGAUGACCUGCAGACUUCUCCAAAGGAGAUGGAAGAAAAUAUUAUUGAAGUUAUAGAAAAUAACCAUCCUCAACAAGAAACAAUGGAAGUUAUUUCUCAAGAGGCAGAAUAUAAGGAGCAGAAAGAAAGAGGAAAUAAAAAAGACUAUAUUCAGGAAUUCCAAAAAAAACAAGAACAACAGAAGAAAAGACAGAUAGAAGCUGCUGCUCUCCUGAAUGAAAGAAAUGCAGAUGGUUUAAUUAUAGCCAGUCGAUACCACCCAACACCCCUGGCUCUUUCUUUGCUGGAAUUUGUUGCUCCUUCAAGACCUUUUGUUAUCUACUGUCAUUAUAAAGAGCCUCUGGUAGAGUGCUAUACAAAAUUAAGAGAAAGAGGAGGAGUUAUUAAUCUCAGGCUAUCAGAAACCUGGCUUAGAAAUUAUCAGGUUCUGCCAGAUCGAAGUCAUCCCAAACUGAUGAUGAGUGGAGGUGGGGGAUAUCUUCUCUCAGGCAUCACUGUUGCCAACGAUAAACAAAAACCAGAGUCCUGUGCAGUAGAAUUACAGAAGAAUGAAGAGCCAAUAGCUAAAAAGCGGAAAGUUGAGGAAUCUGAAGAUCUACCUUGAUUUUACUUAAAAGGAGUCUUUGAAUUAGCGAUUCAUAUAUUAACAUGCCAUUACCAGUUGCUCCUUGGUACCCUAAGAGCAUGUUUACACAGCCAUUCUUGGAAACCUGGAUGUGUUUAUGUAUUUUAAAGAAGAUUUUCCCAGUUAAUAGCUGGUUGUUGGGAAGGAAGAAAAAAGACCUCUGAGCCACUUUAUGGACAGAGGUGUUAGAUCCAUCAUGGCAUGAAAGUGCCAGGAAAACCAAAGCCUUUCGGCAUGACAUGGAAUUAAGUUUGACUUAACCAAGUUCACUUGUGUGUCUUAAAAUUGUGUGUCAAUUAGUGUCUUAAAAAUUCAGAUAAAGUAAAAAUAAUCUCAACACAUUUUGUAUAUAGAACUCAACUGGUUUUAAUCAAUUGAAAACUAUUCAUAUACACAUAAAUGUGUAUUUGAAAGAAUUUAUGGAAGAAAAGUUUAAACAGUGUGGGAGGUUUUGUAUAAUUUGCAUACCAAAUAUUUCUUAUAUCCAGUGGUAUUAUGUACAUUUUAAGAUUGUAUUGGUUUUUAUUAUUUUUAAUAUUUGACAACUUGAAGUUGUAAAUAUUUGUUUUAUCAUUGUCUAUCAUGGUAUAUAGAAGGGUUGUGGUGGGAUUAUUUAGUUUUUUGUUAAUUUUCAAAAGACUUUCAUUAUUCAUUUCCAAUAAAACUACUCUAACUUUUCUCUCAGUAUUAAAAUUGAGAGGGAUUUUUUUUGUAUUUUUUUUUUCCACGAGGGAUCUUUCUUAUAAAAGGACAAAUGGGCCAUAAAUACUUCAGAUGUGACAAUAAAAUGAUGAGACUUUUUCACAUGAUUUAUAAAACUAAAACUAGUCUCAUCUAGUUUCUCACCUCAAUCCAAUACAUUUUAAAGAGUUUUCUGUUUCAUGACUAUAAGUUAAUAUAGUCAGUGAUAGUAACAAUGCCAGUUUGCUGAGUCUAAGCAUAAUUAGGUAGUUAGAUUUUUUAAAUUUUUAAUAAAUUGGCCCUGAUUUCAUUAUUGAUUUGCAACUGAUUUUCAGAUUAUGCCCAAGACAGAUGACUGUCUUUAUAGUUUUUGAAUAUGCUGUUGAUAUAGUAUGGUUAUUAAUAUUUAUUUAAAUAUUAAUAAUUUAUUAUUAGUAUUAUCUUAACUGUGAAAUUCUCAUGAGAAAAAGAAGUUGGGAUAUUCUUGAUUAGGCUUAUGCUAUUUAAACUGCUAGAUCUAUACUUUGUAUUCUGAUAAUGGCAAAUGAUAGUUAUCAACAAAUACACAUCUUGUUCUUUUUUUAUCUUGGCUAGCAAUGCAUUUCAUACUGAGACUUAGCUUCAUGUUAAAGUAAAUCUUUGUUUUUCUAAUUGCCACUAUCUGAGUACAUUGUGAAACAUGGGCUAGGAUAGAGAAGACAUUUGCCUGGCUAGAGAUUCCAAUAUUGCAAGUAUUUAUUAAUUGUCCUAUGUGAGGUAAUAAGGGUACAGAGACAAAACAAGUACAGUUCCUGACCUCAAAGAACUUAAUUCUACUGGAAUGUAUUAUUAUUGUUAACUCGCGGACAUGGUUCAUAAAUCUGAUGGGUCAGAUUACAGUAACUUGUGUAGUGCACAAUGACUAUCCCUUAAAAAUUAUUUAUUUACUUAUUUUGUAAUCAUUUAUUAUCUUUCUCUCCUACUGCUCUCCCUGCUUUCCCAAUUAAACAAUAAAAAAAGCACGAAAAAUAAAAUGUUUAUAGUCCAGCAAAAUAAUUCCACAUUGAUCAUGGGCAAAAGUUUGUCUCAUUUUUUCAUUUUAAAUCUAAUUUUUCUGGCAAGAGGUGGGUGGCAUAUUUCCUCUUUAGUAUUUUGGAUUAAUGGUUUAUCAUCACAUUGGUCAUAGUUCUGAAGUCUUUCAGAUUUUUUUAGUCUCAACGAUGUUAUCCUCGAAUAAAUUCUGGUUCUGCUUAUUUCACUUUUUUUCAUUUCAUAAA